AUGCUUCUUUGUAUUCUUAUACUGCUGCUUGUAUGCUCCACCUUCUUGGAUUCAGGAGAUCCCAAAUUUUGCCGCAUAAAAUAUACUGAUUGGGUAAAAGCUCUCAAGGAGAAACUCGAAGAGGGUUGCGUUUAUAAACGGAAAUUGGAAUACCAAGAUUGGAUGGAGAGUACCGUUUUUUUAUAUGGCACGGGCAAAUGGGCACCUGAUUCAAGCAAAUAUCGCAUAUUUAAAAUAUCUGAUAAUCCGUGCGACCAAGAAUUUGAUAAACUGAAAGAGAUCGCAGGUAAAAUGCGCAAGCAAAUCGAUGCGGACAAUCUGAGACCCCCUUCACGAAUGACAACUUGCGACGUAAGCAAAAUUUAA